AUGCGUGAAAACAAAAAUGACGAGGAAUCUUUGGAAUCGUCGCGUACGGUGGCGAAUAUAACGCACCACAGCAUCAUGUAUGCGCCCAAGUGUCUUGUCAUCGUCUCCAGACAGGACUACAUAGACACAUUUCGGAAUUGCCUAGGCAUAAUCUACACAGUAUGGGUAGAGAACCUCGGCGUUCCUCUAGAAACGUUAGUCGGGAACCUGGUGGGAUGUGUUCUAGUCCCACCUCCAGGGGGCCCUCAGGUCCGAUUCAGCAUCGGGGCCGGCGACAGACAGGCGCUACAGCCCCCUGCGGCACCUCCUAUGCCCGUUACACAUACCUCCGUUCAUAUGUUACUUAGGUUAUUAGGUAUACACAACUCGGUCACCCUCUGGUGUGCGGUGAUGAGCGAGCACAAAGUUUUAUUGGUAUCGCUCGCAGGCGCACGGUUGUCGGCCGUUUGUCGAGCGUUAGCCGCCCUCAUGUUUCCCUUUAGAUACGCACACGUGUAUAUACCGCUGCUACCUGCUGGCCUGGCCGAAGUACUGGCCACGCCCACGCCGUUUCUCAUCGGUGUACAUUCCAGUUUGAAGGAGGAGGUUUCUGAAUUGUUAGACGUGAUAAUAGCGGACCUCGAUACGGGCUCCCUCCACAUACCACCGAGUGUCAACAUCCCGCGUCCAGAGGGCAAACUCCUAUCGUCCCUCCAGGACUCGCUCGCCUUGGUCCUCCAGCCGGAGCUCCGGUCUGCCGACUCGGCGUUCGCCCCACCGCCGCCAGUGCAGUCCCUGCCUCAAAUGCUUGAUAAGGAAAUCAGAGCAGUGUUCAUGAGGACGCUGGCGAAAUUGUUACAAGGGUAUAGACACUGCUUGACAAUAAUCCGAAUACAUCCGUCCCCCGUACUAACUUUCCACAAGGCGGGUUUUUUGGGUGCUCGCGGCCUAUCGCAGUGCCCUUUCGCUGUUAGGUUGUUGGACUCGAUGUUCUUCAAUGGGUUGGUUGCGGAGCGGGGACCGCCCUGGAGACCAACUGAUAUAUGGGACGAUCUCGUACUGAAUCUCCCAGAACAGCUGCGGUUAGAGUCAUUAAAUUCGGACUUGGAGUUAUCGCAUAUACAGGAGUUGGCAAUGCAACUGCAUUACAAUGAAAACCCGAAUCCACAAAUAUUCCAACAACGUAUCCUUCGGCCGCCGGAGGGCGCUGAAUCGAGAAUACACCAACCGCCUUUACCCACGCUUUGCGCUGCCAGAGUGCAACAAGUCAUAGACGAGAGAGCCGCCACUAAUAAUCUUGAGAAGUUACAAGCGAUAAGACUACCAGCCCCUCGAAUAAUACCCCCAGCAGCGCCACCUACCGGCGCCGUGGAACUCACGCAACUAUUACUCACUAACUCUGCGAGACGGCUUGAGGUGCUAAGGUCGUGUAUAGCGGCGAUAUUCGAAUGUCGUUACGCAGACGCACGCAAAUCCUUCCCCGCAGUUCUACGUGCACUACGCGCGCCGAACGCACGGACCGCGCUCGUCAACGACCUGGCGUCACGACUGCCGACCAACAAGCAUAUUCUCCAUCAUCAUCAGUUCGAUCUUAUUGUGAGGUAUAUAAACUUUUGCUUCAGUUUGUUGAGAUCACAAGGUUUAAUCUCGUGUUGA